AUGAAUUCAUCGUCUGGUCAAAAUGGGCAAACUUAUGUCCGUUAUCGAGACUCAUUCAGCAUGGCUAUAGCCAAAAAUGUAACAAUUGUUCUGCUUGGGAUUUCUAUUAAUUACUUAAAUGGGACUUUCAUUUAUACCUUCAGAAAACACCAGGUCUUUCACCACAACCCUCGCUACAUCCUCUUCAUCCAUCUGGUGGUGAAUGACAUGAUCCAGCUCACCACUGCCAUCACUCUCUUUGUGUGCUCUUAUGUUUUCUACACCAUCAACACAUUUCUUUGUUGCUUUAUUCUUGCAUUUGCUAUCAUCACAAGUCUCAACUCUCCUCUGAAUUUAGCAGCGAUGGCAGUGGAGUGCUAUAUUGCCGUAUGCUUCCCCCUUCAGCACCCCCAGUUGUGCAACAUCAAAAAGAUUUACAUAGUGAUUGCAUGUGUAUGGGCCUUGAGCUUACUGUCAUUUUUACCAGACAUAUUUUAUCUUGCAGCAACUGAGCCUGCUCGAUUCUUCACCCCUGUUUUAUGUGAGCCUGUAAUGUUGUUUCGAAAUCCCAUCAUAGUAAAAAAGAGAGAAGUCACUUACUCUGUGUAUUUUGUUAGUGUUUGGCUUGUUCUGAUUUACACUUACAUCCAGAUAUUUUUAGUUGCCAAAUCAGCAAAAAAACAACAAAUAGAUGCCAAAAAGGCCAGGAAUACCAUUAUGUUACAUAGUUUUCAGCUUCUUCUGUGGAUGUCAACAUAUAUGUUUUCUCCUGUCCAGAAACUUAUUUUAACUUUGUUCCCAAGAUUAUAUGUCCACUUUAUAUUUGUGUGGUAUAUACUAUUACAAAUUCUCCCCAGAUUUCUGUGCCCCAUGGUGUAUGGGCUGCGAGAUGUAAUGUUUAGAGAAUAUCUGAAGAAGCAUCUCUCCUGCAGUGCUACUCCUAAAGUGUCAGUCCAUGGAAGAUAA